CUAUUUAUUUCCCAUGCCAAAUCAAAUGGGUCUAUUUUUAAAUACAGGGGGAUGCUCUGUCCUGUGAUGCACUGACGGAAAAGACGCGCUCACUCGCUGGCAGAAAGAGAUGCUUGGAGUACUUUUUUCUGUUCGAAGGAUGCUUUUUGCGUCGAUGCAAAUUUGCGCAUGAGCCAGCGGGAUCCAGUCAAAGCUUGGGAAGCCUCAGCCAGCUCGUUCCUGGGAGUUCAGUGCGCACGAUGUGAGUAUUGAGCCGACGGCAGAGCGGAGCGAGGUUCGAGGAGGAGGCAGCACCAUGCACGUCGCGGACGCGGCGUGCGCCGCGUUGUUGCUGGCGAUCAUCGCGGUGUCGCUGCUGUCCAACCUUCUGGUGCUGAUCUGCUUCGUGCACAACGCGGAGAUCCGCAAGCAAGCCCCUGCUCUCUUCAUCCUCAACUUGACCUUCUGCAACCUGUUGCAGAGCGUCUCCAACAUGCCCCUCACCUUGGCGGGGCUCCUCAUGUCCAGCCAGCAGCAGCGCGGAGGAGGAAGUCUGUGCCAGACAGCGGGCUUUCUGGAUACCUUCCUCACCACCAACUCCAUGCUGACCAUGGCGGCGCUCAGCAUCGACCGAUGGGUAGCGGUGGUCUUCCCCCUCAGCUACCACUCCAGGGUGCGACACCGGGACGCGGUGGCGGCGCUGGGCUACACCUGGGCGCACUCGCUGUGCUUCUCCACCGCCGCCUCCUGCUGCUCGUGGGUGGGCUACCAUCAGCUGUACGCAUCGUGCACCCUGCGCGGCGCCAGGGCCAAGGGGGGCGGCCUGCACUUUGUCGUCUUCACCGUGGCCCUGCAUGGGCUCAGCUUUCUGCUCGCCCUCGUGGCCAUGUGCGUGACCUACUUGAAAGUGCUCCAAGUGGCCAGGUUCCACUGCAAGCGUAUCGACAUCAUCACCAUGCAGACCCUGCUGCUACUUGUCGAUAUCCAUCCCAGUGUUCGUCAGAAGUGCCUGGACGAGCAGAAGCAAAGGAGGCAGCGGUCCACCAACAAGAUCAGCACGUUUAUCGGUACAUUUGUGCUGUGCUUCACCCCGUACGUCAUCACCAGAUUGGUCGAGCUGUUCUCCCCGGAGCACGUCAAUGCUCACUGGGGGGUGCUGUCCAAAUGUCUGAUGUACGGCAAAGCGGCCAGCGACCCCUUCGUCUACUCGCUGCUCCGCCACCAGUACAGAAAAACCUGCGGCCUCCUAGCUCGGAAGAUCCUUGGCAGGAACCGGCGGGACUCCUCAUCACCCGCGUUGAAGGCCAACGCCAGGAGGAACCAAGACGCCCAGCUCGCCGCCAGCGCUACCGGUGAUCGCAGCCAAGCGGCCGGCAGCAAGCCAUCUCUUGGCUAGUGAAGCAGAAAGCGUGAUUGUAUUUUCUGGAAAUGUCUCGGUGGUUGCUUUUGAGGAAGCUAUGGUGGCCAUGAGUCACCCAACUGCGAUUAAAAUUGAAGCAUAACCUCAAUGGAAAUCCCGGAUUAGACGCGGAUUUUGUCAAACGUGCUGUAUUGUGCACAUGACGCAAGUUAAUUUCUGACGACGGAGCUGUCAGGCACCGGUCGGAAAGUGCCUUGCGGAGAAUGAACUCUCAUUUCAUCAAAACCUUUGGGAACCUUUUGCUAUUUGUGGGAAGACGUCAUGCAGGGUACAAGCAUGUGAGUCGUUUUAAUGUUGGGUUAAACACGGUACGGUGUGUAGCAAGGAUCCAUUCUACCUCGUGAGUCGUGUGACAAAUCGGAAUGUGGACUACCAAGCGUUUCCAUUUAUUUAUUUUUUAUCAGAUUGUGUGUGAUGUUUGUGCGUUUACGUGUCAAUAAAGUCUGUGCGUUGCAAACUAAA